AUGCAUGGUAGUCCUGAGUGUUCUGCAAGGGAGCCACUGCAGCGGAGCUUUCCACGGCGUCCUGAAUGUGAUGACAACGCUCAGAGUGACUUGCCAGGCUUGUGGCCGUGUGUUAAUCGAACGGCGACACCAAGCUCAGGCCAUUACGACUGUAGGAGCCAGCCAUUUGAGCAUGAACAUUUAGCUGCCUCUCAGCCAAGAAAUGACUUCUCACGAUCAGGAUCAUAUGGGCUGAGCAGGGCUUCAUUUCCCACUGCUGAUGUACUGUCUACACCUACCUCAAGGCCCACAAGCAGGUCGGUUUCAACCAUAAAUGGGCCAUCUGAUUUUGAACACCAGGUCUUCAAGAUCUUGCAAACAAUUUUAAUGAGGGUUGAGCACCAAGGGCGCCAACUUGAUGCCAUUGCACAACAGCUAUGCAGUGGCCCUUUGACAGUUGGGCCCGCAAAGGAUGUGGUCCCAAAACCAUUCGAGGACAUCGAGGCAUUCGAAGAAUUUGAUGCCGAGAUAUCAACAAAUGAAGGAACAAGGACACGCCUGAUGCAGCAAUUUCAUGGUCUUGGAGGCAGCAGCAUAGGACCCGCAACACGGCGCAUUUUAGGAAUUUUGCUAAGCCAAAAAGUGGCAGUGCAGUACAGUUGGCUUGGCAAAAAAGGAAAAAGUUUUUCUGCACUGCAAGUGGCUGACACAAUCACAAGUAAGGCAUUGGCUGCCUGA